AUGGCUACUUCGCUUCUCCCUCUGCGUCUGCAGAGGCCUCACGUCGUCCUCCCGGAGCCUGCCUUGGUUUACUCUCCUUCCCGGAGAGACCCUUUUCGCCGUACUCGCCUUGGAUGGGCUUCCCGAUGCCCUCUCCUUGUUCGGGCCUCCUCGCAGGGGCCUCCUUCCUCCUCCGGACAGUCCUCAGCGUGGGAGAGGGAGGAGGCGAGGUGGCUUCGGGAGGAGCAACGGUGGCUCCGGGAAGAGCAGCGGUGGCUACGGGAGGAGUCCCGGUGGAAUUCCGAGCGGGAGGCCCUCCUGCGCGACAUCGCCGCCCUAAAGCUUCGAAUCGAGGAGCUGGAGAGGGAGGGUCCCCCCCAAUUGGCGGUCUCCGACGCCGCCGCGAGCCUCGAGACGUUGCUGCGAGCGAUGAAGGAGCGCGUGGCGGCGGCGGCGGCGGCGGCGGAAGGCGGACCCAGGGUCCCCCCUGCCCUGGCGGAGGAGGCCGACGUUAAGGAGAUGAUCCUCGAGGAGAUUACCGUAUCGGAGGGAGUCGCCGUGCAGAAGAGGCCCAAAGGGGAUGGCGAGGAGGACAAGAAAAGGAGGAUGCUGAGGGUGGGCGCCGAAGGAAAUGACGUCCGAGCAAUGCAGGUUUGCGCCGAACCACGCUUCUCCUUUCUUGCAUCCCGCCCCUUGAAGUUGGAAACAGUCUGCCGACUGGACUGCGAGCCAGAGAGAUUCCGCUCUUUCCCAUCGGAAUCUCGCAUUCAAUAAGCUCUCAAUCUUUUUCGCUCAUCAAUCAUCAUAUUUGAUUGCAGAAAAAAUAAAGCUUUCCAUCAGAUAUUACCCCCGAUUGCAUGGCAUUGUUUGUUUCCGAUAUCAAACCAAGACAACUCGCGAUUUAUCUCUCGUCUAGAUCUCGGAUUUUUCUUUUUCGAGGACAAAAUAACCCAGAGAGGGUGGAUGGGUGGAUGGAUCUCGCUUUGGACGUCCGGUUUGGCUCGAUUUCAGAGACCCAACCAGGAUAUAGAUGAUGUGGUCGAGAGUCGGAGGCGUCCCUUCAUCUGGAUCUUGGAGCUUCUCUUUUUUGCCUGUUCUUGUCAGCUACCACCGAUGAAGAGAAUAAGCGUUGUUUUGGCAGGAAGCGCUCCAGAUGCUGGGGUUCUACUCAGGUGAGGAGGACAUGGAGUUCGAAACUUUCUCGAGUGGGACCGAGCGAGCUGUGAAAACAUGGCAAGUGAGUGCUCGAUCCGACUGUCUGCCUUAAUUCCUCUGAGAAACAGUAAGAAGAAGCGUGCGGCCGAGAUCUUCGAUUCCAUUUCUCUUAUUCAUCCGUUGACCCGCCGGGUUUCCUGCGUAUGUCUUGAAGGCCUCCUUGGGAGCCAUCGAGAAUGGGAUCAUGAGCCCGGAACUGCUAGAGAGGCUGUUUGACGAUCCAGGAACGGGCAAGGCGGUGGAGGUAAGCGAAAAUGGUGGCGGGGGAGAUACGGCCUCCGAGAUUAAGACUAAAAAUAUAUGUUUUAAAAAAACUCUGUUUCUGGGUAGUAUUUUCUUUGUGAGAACCCAGUGCCCAUCUCGCAUCGUUGGAUCGUUAUUUUCUGAGGUAUUUGCUGCCGCGUUACUUCUCUCGUCGCCAGGGCGGCGGAAACGGAGCAGCGGUCUCCUCCCUGGCGGGGUUUGCGGAGAUCCAGAAGAAGGAGGUCGACAUGGACGAGGACAUGACGGAUGUGCAGGUGUCUGGACACAGAGUCUUCCUCCUCGGGGAGAACCGGUGGGAGGAGCCGUCGAGGCUGGCGGACAGGAACAGGCCCAUCGGGAACAAGGGGACGACGACGUCGCCUUCUUCUACCAGGUGUCUCACCUGCCGGGGAGAGGGCCGCCUGAUGUGCACGGGUAAUGCAUUCUUCAAUCGAAGCUCAUGUUGUCCUCUGGGUCGGGCGCUUGAUUUCUGACUCUCUUUCUGCUGCAGAAUGCGACGGCACGGGUGAGCCCAACAUCGAACCGCAGGUCUCUCUCUCUCUCACACACACACACACUCUCUCUCUCUCACUAUCACUCAGAGACAGAGGUCUGAGCUCUCUUCGCCCGCCCGAUUUGCAGUUUCUCGAGUGGGUCGACGAGGGAGCCAAGUGCCCCUACUGCGAGGGCCGCGGCUACACCGUCUGCGACGUCUGCGGAGGGAAGGCCGUCGCCUAA